AUGGCUACGUUUGCAGUACCGCAGCAGAUCCCUCCGGUGGCUGAAGACUGUGAAAGGCUUCGUAAAGCUAUGCAAGGGUGGGGAACAGAUGAGAAUGCGAUCAUAUCCAUAUUGAUCCAUAGGAAUGCGAGGCAACGAUGUUUGAUACGACAAACUUAUGCUGAGAAAUAUGGAGAGGAUUUUCUCAAACCUCUACAAGACGAACUUUCCGGUGACUUUUUGAGGGCAGUGCUUCUAUGGACACCACAUCCAGCUGAACGUGAUGCAUUGCUAGCUAAUGAAGUUACCACCAAGAAACAUUCAGCUGCCCAUAAUCAUUUGGUUAUAAUGGAAAUAGCUUGUACAAGAACUUCGCGAGAGCUUUUCCAGGUGAGAGAAGAUUAUCAUGCUCGCUACAAGAGAUCUCUCGAAGAAGAUAUUGCUUACCACACAACUGGAGAUUUUCGCAAGCUAUUGGUACCUCUUGCGAGUACUUACAGGUACGAGGGAGCUGAGGUUGAUAUGACGGUGGCGAAUUCAGAGGCUAACAUACUUCGAGAGAAAAUAUCUGAAAAGGCUUGUAAUCAUGAUGAGCUCAUCAGAAUUCUAACUACUAGGAGCAAAGCACAACUGAAUGCAACAUUCAAAGUCUAUAACGACCAAUUUGGCCAUCCUAUCAACAAGGACCUGAAGAAAAAGCCAAAGGAUGAAUACCUUGGGUUAGUGAGAGCCACCAUAAAAUGCUUGACAUGCCCGGAAAAGUAUUAUGAGAAAGCUCUCCGGCUGUCGAUGAAGGGCCUCGGAACGACGGAGGAGACUCUGACCAGAGUUGUAGUAACUCGGGCGGAGGUUGACAUGAAGAGUAUAAUGGAACAGUAUCAACUCAAGAAUAGUGUCCCUUUGGUUCAGGAUAUAAAGAGUGAUACUUCUGGGGACUACUUGGCCACGUUGCUUGCCUUGGUUGGUCAAUGA